UGAAAUUCUUUGGGCAAGAGACAAAUUCAUCGUUUUCACUCAUGAAUUAGGAUUUUCUCCACAAGAAAUGAAUAAACGCUGGAGUCGACAUGACGUGAAGUCCCUCGUAUAGUUUCUAUCCAUCAAAUACUGUCAAGGAGGAUGGCGGAGGGGGAGGAGGCCAUGAGCCAGGAGGACUGGAAGGAGAAGUGUCUGGUCCUGGAGGCGCUGCUCAUGAAGUUCAGAGUGCAGAUCAUCAAGAUUAGAGAACUCACUGCUGACAAGAUUCAACAAUUGGAGACGCAGGUGAUCGAUGCAGAGAAACGGGCCUUCACUGCUCAACAGCAGGUGCAGUGGAUGGAGGAGAAGCUGAAAGCUCCAGACAGUCAGUCCGGAGACUCGGAGGUGCGUUUGUUCCAGCGCUGCCAGGAGCUGCAGGCUUUGGUGCAGGAGAAGGACGACGUCAUCAGCCAGCUGGAGCAGCAGCUGGAGGAGCAGAAGCAGAUCCGACUGCAGGACGCCAAGACAGUGGAGGAAAAAGCCGCGAAGAUCAAAGAAUGGGUGAUGCUGAAGUUGUCGGAGUUUGAGGUGGAGAACGCAGCAUUAAGAGAAACCAACAAGCAACAGGAGGCUCAGAUUGUGGAGUUACAGAAACAAGUGCAGGCCUUUGAGCAGAAGGUUUCUGGGGGACGAGGAGUCCUGUGCAGACCGGGGGAGGCCCAGCGGCUCAGCAGCCUGACGUUUGGCUGUUUCCAGGUGAGGGGGAAGAGCCCCCAGGUCCUGACUGGACCAGCACCUUGUCAGAGGACCCUCAGCACCCAGGGAGAGACUGACGGCAGAGAUAAAACUGAGAAAAGCAGUAAGCAGACCUCCUCCUCAGGGACCAACGGUGAGGUCCAGACCCUGGAGCAGACUGGACGCCUGGCUGCUCCCCUGGAGGAGGACAGUGCGUCGGAGAGCCUGGCUGAGAACGGACGAGGAGCCGAGUCCCGUGGCGUCUCCUCCGUGUUAUCCAGCGCUGCGUCGGAGGGCGAGGCGGGAGGAGGAGCUGAGGCGUGCGGUCUGGAGUUCAGCCGGCCCGGCAGCGAGACCUACCUGACCGCUUCUGACGACAGCAGCUCGCUGUUCGACGACGACAUGCAGCGUGCGGAGCGGCCCGGCUUCAGCCUGCUGAGGUCAUUGGACGGGACGCUGGGAGGGACUAAGGAGGGCGAGGAGCGGGCCAAACUGGAGGAGUGCACCUCCGAGGAGCUCAACAAACGCUUCCAGUCGCAGAGACUCGACUCCUCGUCCUCCUCCAGCGACGCCAACACGCCCAGCCCCGCCCUCACGCCCAAACGACCCAACCCGCCCCAGGACCCGAGGGAACACCCCGCCUCGCCCAAACAGCCCCGGCUGCGGACGCCGGCGGGGUUCGGGUUGAUGAACGUGGCGUUGGCGAAGAAGCACCUGAGCCAGCCGCCAAUCAGCACGGAGGCGACUCACGGACAGACGCGCAACGCUCUCAGCAUGCUGCGUCCUCUCCGGCCGCAGGAAACAGACCUGGACCAGGAGCAGGAGGUCGGCAUGGAGACGGGCAGGGACUCCCCUCCUCAGGUCCUCCCGAGCUCACAAGCCACGCCUACGUUUCCUCCUGAACCUGGUGCAGAGACGGACUGUGACAGCUCAGCACCUCCUACACCUCCUCUACACAGGCUUCCCUCCUGGGAGAGCCGCAUCUAUGCUGUGGCUAAAUCAGGAAUCCGCCUGUCUGAGACGUCCUGCACAGACCCUGCUAGCAAAGACUCCUCCCUCCAGUCCUCCUAUCCUGCCUUCGUAAUGUACACAUCCCUCAUCUAUAAAAACAUGACUACUCCAGUUUACACGACUCUGAAGGGGAAAGCCACCCUGCUGAGCAGCAGUCCCUUCUCAGACGAGUCGUCCAGCUCAGAGGAGUCGUCCAGCUCCGGAGAGGAGGACGGCUCCGUCUGCAGCUCACACACCUCCUCCAGCUCCCGCAAGGACAGCAGUCCAGGCAGCCCACGCUCCCUCAAGAGAGCUGUGUCCAUGUCAUCGAUGACAUCAGAGAGCGACUACGCCAUCCCUCCUGACGCCUACUCCACCGACACCGAGUGCUCUGAACCGGAGCAGAAACUCCCCAAGACCUGCUCCUCAGCCAGCGACAACGGCAAGAGUGAACCGAUGGAGAAGUCAGGCUACCUGUUAAAAAUGGUGAAGACCUGGAAGAAAACCUGGAAGAGACGCUGGUUUGUCCUCAAAGACGGAGAGCUGCUCUACUACAACUCACCUAGUGAUGUGAUCAGGAAGCCUCAGGGUCAGAUCGAGGUCAACGCCACCAGCAGCAUCGCCCGUGGCGACGGAAAACAAGUCCUCCAGGUGGUGACAGGGAAGCGAGUGUACUACCUGAAGGCCGACUCUCCCAACCUGCUGGACGAGUGGCUCCGGGUGCUGCAGAGCGUUCUCAGGGUGAAAGCUGCCAGUCCUCUCUUCACCCAGCCGGACAUCCGCCCCGGCAUGAAGGGACUGCUCAUCAAGGUGAAGCACGGCUACUCUAAGCGGGUCUGGUGUGCUCUGAUUGGCAAAACCUUGUACUAUUUCCGCAGCCAGGAGGACAAGUUCCCCCUGGGUCAGAUCAAGCUGUGGGAGGCGCGGGUGGAGGAGGUGGACCGGUCCAGAGAUUCAGAUGACGACCUGAAGGCAUGUGGGCGGGGCUUACAGGCGUCACCUUUCACCAUCGCCGUGCACCCGCAGGAGCAAGGCCCCACCUACCUGCUCAUCGAGUCUCGCCAUGAAAAGGAGUCGUGGCUGUACCAUCUGUCGGUGGCAGCAGGAACCACGGUGGGGAAAGUCGGCACUGAGUUUGAACAACUGGUGGGAAAACUCUUCCAACUGGACGGAGAUCCAAACUCUCAGAUCUGGAGACAUCCCAUGUUGUGUUUCAGUAAAGAGGCUCUGUUGUCUCCUCUCACCACUCUGCCGUCUCAAGCUCUGCAGACGGAGGCCGUUAAACUCUUUAAGACGUGUCAGCUUUUUAUUAACGUUGCCAUCGACGCCCCGGCCAUCGACUACCACGUGUCUCUGGCUCAGAGCGCCCUGCAGGUGUGUCUGGCCCACCCCGAGCUGCAGAACGAGUUCUUCUGCCAGCUCAUGAAACAGACCCGCAGGAGGCAGCCGCACAGCCACCCAGGACCCCUGCAGGGUUGGCAGUUUCUGGCCCUGUGUGUGGGGCUGUUCCUGCCUCAGCAUCCGUUCCUCUGGCUGCUGCAAGUUCACCUCAAAAGACACGGAGACUCCAGGACGGAGGUGGGUAAGUACGCCAUCUACUGCCAGCGCUCCAUGGAGAGGACCCAGCAGAAGGGCGAGAGGCAGGCCAGGCCGUCCCGCAUGGAGAUCCUGUCCAUCCUCCUGAGGAACCCCUACCACCACUCGCUGCCGUUCAGCGUCCCCGUACACUUCCUCAACAACACCUACCAGGUGGUGAGCUUCGAUGCUUCGACCACAGUGGACGAGUUCCAGUGUCGUCUCAACCAGGACACGGGCAUCAGGAAAACGGGACAGUCUGGUUUCAGCUUCUACACUGACGACCCGACUGGACGAGAGCUGGAACACUGUCUGCAAGGAGGCAUCAAGAUUUGUGACAUUAUCUCCAAAUGGGAGCAAGCCUCUAAGGAGCUGCACACGGGCAAGUCUGAAAACACCAGGACGGUCCGCCUCACCUACAAGAACAGGCUGUACUUCUCCCUCCAGGUCCGGGGGGAGUCAGAGAGGGAGAGGUUGCUGCUGGCUUAUCAGACAAAUGAGACCAUCGUGGCGGGACACUUCCCCGUUAAUAAGGAACUGGCUCUGGAAAUGGCUGCCCUGCUGGCUCAGGUGGAGUUUGGGGACUUUGAGCGUCCCUUCUCUGCUCCUGGAUCCGCCCAGACCAAGUCCAACCAAACCCUGAAACAGGUUCUGGACCGAUUCUACCCUAAACAUUACCGCAGGACCACGUCUGAGGAGCAGCUCAGACUGCUGCUGCAGCGCCUGUCUGCUCGCUGGGCCUCCCUCAGGGGCCGGAGCUCCUCCGAGUGUGUCCGCAUCUACCUGACUGUUGCCAGGAAGUGGCCUUUCUUUGGUGCCAAAUUAUUUGAAGCAGAGUCCAUCACUCCCUCUCCGGAGCAGGGGGCGAGGGUCUGGCUGGCAGUGCACGAGGAUGGAAUCAGUGUUCUGGAGCACAACUCUGUCAAGCCGCUGGUGUCCCACUCGUACAAGAACCUGAUGACGUUCGGAGGCUGCAAACACGACUUCAUGCUGGUGGCGGGACAGAGCAAAGACAAACCCACAGAGAAACACCUGUUUGCUAUGGACGCCUCCAAGAUCAGGGAGCUCACCCUCCUCAUCUCCAGUUACAUCAACAGCGCUCACCAGCAGAAGGCCGCCGCCCACCACCUCUCCGCCCCGGCGCUCAUGGUGGCCCAGCCCAUCAGCCUGAAGAGCAAAGAGCUGAGGAGCAAAUCCCCCCCAGCACUGGGACUGGGACUGGGACGGCCCAGCAAGACCCCCACUCUUCUGUGA